GCCACUCUUUUGUUCAUCUUUUUUGAUCACCCCCUCUUUCGCAGUCAUGGUCAAGUCCAAUCUUGUGCUCUCGCUGGCCCUGGCCUCAACGGCCUUGGCCACCGCCGGCGGUAUCAGCGCACCGCCCACCGCCUUCAAGGCUGAUGGCUCGCAGCUCACCUGCAGGGAACAAUUCGACUUGUGCAGCACUCGGCCAAAUACCGUUAAGCCAGUCUGCAAUAGGGAACUCGAGGAAUGCAAGAAGGCGGAGAGUGGAAAGCGUUCCAUCGAGAGAGAGGACGAGCCUGUGCAGUGCGUAAAUGACUUCAACGCGUGUGUCACUAAGCCGGGGUCCAACAAGGCUGCCUGCCAACUCACGCGCAGCCUGUGCAAGGAGUGUGUGACCAAGGACAACAAGUGUCGCACUAAGCCAGGUGCCAUGAUGCCUGUCUGCGACGGUCAACUGCAGAACUGUCUGCAAAAGGCGGACAUCGGAAAGCGCGUGACCAAGAGAGACGACCGGGACGCGCCUGCCAAGUGCGAAAAGGAACUCAACGAAUGUCGCACCAAACCGGGUGCCAUCCAGGCUGUCUGCACCGCCGAACACGAGGACUGCAUCAAUGACGACAGUGACGAUACUCCGACAUCCUCUGAGGACCCAGCGCCCUUGCCCUCGUCCACCGCCAAGACCCUCGAGGGCUGCACGACUGAGUUCAAGGAGUGUCUUGCCAAGCCCGAUGCCGACGAGGGCGAUUGCAAGAGCGCCCAAGCCAUCUGCGAGCACAGUCACCAGGGCCUCAACCCCUCGGUUUCCGUUGGACCCAGCCCGACCGCGGAUCCCAAGGACUGCGAUGCGGAAUUCGACGAGUGCCGCACCAAGCCCGGCGCCAACAUGGCCGCCUGCAAGGGUGCUCAGACCCAGUGCGAGAACGGUGGUUCCAGCAGUUCGACUACUGCCGAACCCGCCCCGACCGCGGGUCCCAAGGACUGCGACGCCGAAUUCAACGAGUGCCGCGCCGCCCCCGGUGCCAACAUGGCCGCCUGCAAGGGCGCUCAAGCCCAGUGCGAGCACGGUGGUCUCCAGGGUCCCGGCUCGGGCUCUGGCACCAGCAACACCCUCUCGCCUUCCGCUUCGUCCUCCAUCACGCCGACCUCCGCCCCCCCUGUCUCUACCUCGUACCCGGCCUCCGCUGCCAGCCGCAUGGGACAGUUCAGCAACUCCUUCCUAGCUGUCUUCUGCGUGGCGAUUGGCUUCUUCUAGAUGGGUAAAUCUAUGUAUCCUGACGUGGUAGAAGACACUCUUUUAUAUAUCACUCGCUUGUCUUACUAGUGCACAGACUUUCCUUUGUUACGUUUCUUUUACCUAGCUUCACUUUUUCUUGUUUUUCACUUCUCAC